CACCUUGUUGUUAUACUACCAUCUCAUCAACCUACUAUCGACCAUCGUCCCCAGUGCAACAAACCUAAGCAGACAAGCAGUCACAUUGCAGCGACUAGAUCGGAUCCCUGAUCAGUCUUGUGUAUCUGAGCUCGAGAACUAGCUUUGGACCAGCUCAGCCAGCUGCCGCCGCCCCUGCAGCAGCCGAUUACGAGUCUCACCACCUUUCACCAGUCCCAUUUACCCUGGCACACCUUUUCGUCUAUCACUUUGAUCAUCGCUUCGCGUUUGCUUCUCUCCCUAUUCAUUCUUCUCUUUGCUGUGGUUGCCGGGAGCAUAUAUAUUCAGACGCCCAACCCACAGGAGACACCCUCCAUCACCAUCACCUAUCCCGCACACAGUUGCCACCCGACCAAUUGACCAAUCACCGGAAAGGGGCAUCCGUCGACCACCAAGUCUCACUGCUUUUUUCACCUCCUCACCUCGACUCGACAACCCUCCAAUUGCCAUCAUGCCCGCCAAGAAGCGUUGUCAAUACCGAGUUGUCUACAACAUUCCCGCUGUUCCCAAACCCUCCUCUGAGAACACCUCCGAUCAGCCACGCAGCGACGCCAAGCCAGAAAUGACCGCGAAUGCCCCGACUCAAUGUCCCAGCGCAGCAUUGAAAGUCAUUGGAGAAUGCCCGCAUUGUCAUUUGGCAUUUUGCGGGACGCACAGGACCCCAGAGUCACACAAUUGCACUGGUAUCCAGGCGUGUCGUGAGGCUGCUUUCCAGGCCAACAAAGAACGACUCGAACGCGAGCGGACGGUAGCCAGCAAGAUCGCUCAGGCAUAAAUCUACCCACCCAUCCUCACGAUCUCUAUCACCUUUCUUGACUAGCUAUAAUCGUAACAUCUACAGGACGAUUCUUUCGAGUGCCUUAUAGAUCCUAGAUUCUAGAGAGGAAAAAGAACGGUGGAUUGGAUAGCUCCCAUCUGCUCUUGAAAUGUCUGGAGCGCUGGGAGGUCUGUGACUGGACUCUCUCUCUCGCAUGUUUUUCUGUACCGGCUCGUUUCCUCCAUAAUCGUUGUCAUUAUUCUUUGUAAUUCCAGCAUGAACAAAUGAAGCAUGCU